AUGACAAGUAUCUCUCCUUUCGUUAUAGAAAAAACACUCGAGAGUAUAGCCGGAACGCCAAAAUCUGUAAAGACAUUACGGACAGGAGAUCUUUUGGUAGAAAUUGAAAAGGCUGCACAUGCACAGAAUUUACUUAAAAUGACAAACUUUUUCGGCCAUCCAUGCAAGUGCACUGCACAUCGUACUCUGAACUCCUCAAGAGGGGUUGUUCGUUGCCCUGAUCUUGCUGGGGUAUCAGAGACGGAAAUUGUGCAAGGCCUUGCUGAACAACAUGUUACAGCUGCUAGACGCGUCAGAAUAAAACGAGAUGGAAAAGAAAUUAUAACUAACACUAUCAUACUUACAUGUGGCAUCCCAUUCCUUCCUAGCUCUGUAAAAGUAGGUUAUCUCCAAACAAAGGUCACCCAAUACAUACCGAAUCCCCUCCAAUGCUAUAACUGUUUCAAAUUUGGUCAUAACGAGUCAAACUGCAAAAAAGAUCACAUUUGUCAUAAAUGCAAACAAGAUGGUUACUCUCAUGAGCCUGACAGAUGUAAUAGACCAUUGUGCUGUGUGAAUUGCGGCGAGGAACAUUCAGCCAGGUCUCGCGACUGCAAGACGUGGAGGAUCGAAAAGGAGGUCCUCCACGUCAAGUUCACACAGGGCAUUGGAUUUCCUGAAGCCAGACGAAUUGCAAAUGCUAAAUUUAUGCCACCAUCACUCACAACAACAUAUUCUUCAAUCACAAAAUCAAAUACAAACAAAUCAACAACGUUUUCAGACGCGUCUACGCAAACCGAGUCUGUACCUGUCCCAGACAUACCAAAGGAAAGGCCGAAAAUAACAGAAAAACAUACACAGACACCAAAAGUUCAAACUGCCGCCACUAAACCAACACUACCACCAGCUGUUCAAAAUGUCCCCAGGUUGUUUGGAACUGGAGAAUAA